UUCCUUUUCUUCUUCAUUUAUACUAUAUUUUCUUAAGUAUUCUUGGGAGGGUUCCUUCUCCAAAUAAACUUUUGAACAGUAGAUAAUGAAGGUGCAGAGUCCUGGUAAAUGGCCACCAUCUCUUCGUGAAUGAUUUUUUGACUUUUUCCUUGUAUGUUGAUAUGUUGGAUCUCUGAAAUCAAAACCAUUGUUUUCUAUGUCAUUUUUUCUGUGUUUAAAUAUUACUUUAAUUCAUUAAUUUAUCAUGUUCUGAUAGUUAUUAUGUUAAUUAACACAAUUGUUAAUUUCCCCUUUAUUUUAAAAUCAUAAGUAAAUGUGUUUGAGGCAUUAGCAGUUUUGGAGCACAGUUCCUUGGAAUAAACCCGUUACCUUGGCAAAAACUCAUAGAGAAAAAAAAUUUCUGUCCACUGGAAUAUAAUGAUCAUAGUACUCAUUUUCACCAUUGAUUUUGCAUGAUCAAGGAACUCUAAUUGUUCAAGCUUUCAGGUUUUGCUAAAGUACUACACUAGAAGCAGGAGAAACAGAAAUCCAUUUGAGCACCCUUAUAACACAGCAACUAUUCCUCAUCGUUACAGAAAAUGGCUUUAUCUUUAAUAUGUAUAUACCGAGCAAAAAGUUUAAGUGGUGAUUUUCAUCUACACCCGGAGGCCUGUUUUAAAUAUUCAGAUUUUCAGUCUUCCUAAGCUUUUCAUCUGCCCCUCUUUGAUUUUAGCAGUGCCACUUGGACACUUCAAGCAGCUGUCAUCAGCUCUGUAGAUUUUGCACUUGUCUGGUGUCAGAUGACGUGCUGAACCACAAAGAGUUUGGUAACUCUCGAACAAGUCAUGACUUCUUGUUAGGGCGUUGGAGCUGCUCCCUGAACCACCCUGCAGGAAGCAGGCCGAAUUUAGAUGCCACAGUGGCUUAGCAUGUCAUGUGAACCUUAUCUGUGAGGGUAACUAGUCAUGGUGGGCUGUUGUGCCAUUCAGACCAAACCGCUUCUCCAGGAUAGCUGAUGAACAUAGCUCACCUGAGGGAUUGUGCAAUCCAUUAUAUGUUGUCAUGUCAUCCAAAUGGAAGAGAACAAUUUGAUCACGAGUGGUGGAAAUCAGCUAGUGAGCCACUUUCGCAUUCUCACCAUUGCCACAAGUAGUGGCAGCCCUUUCACAUGACACUUUGGAGUGACCCUAACUGGUUUGUCACCCUUUAAAAAAUGAUUCCAGAAAAUUGCACAAAAUGUCUUAAUUCUUCUCUUUUCAACCUUUUACAAGUGUGCUCUUGGGUGUGCAAUAUAUAUAACCUUUAGUGGUCAAAUUCCUUGUAUGAUUCAGCUGUCUGAGGCUGCUAGGAGGUAGGAAAGAUUUAAAAACUUGAAAUGACAAAACUUACUAUAUUUGGUAAUUUUCACACAGUUGCCUGGGACCAAUUGCUGAGUUGUCAGUUGAAAAGCACUGAAAAUCAGAAGACGUGACAAAAGUUGGUGCGUUAUCAGCACCCCACCCCCAACUUAGCAAUGUAAUUCUCAGUUACUGCAGUUUCCUGAUCAUUAUGAAGAACAACACAGAAAUAUGCCAUACUUAUAUUUAUAUUUUGUACAUCUGUGUUAUGACUUCAUCCAACUUAGUUGCAUAUAUUUCUGCACUCACCAUUGACAUCAAAUCACAGGAUCUUGUGUAUAUUCUAACAUGGAAGGCUGAAGAGACACCAGCAUGCUACAAUGUGAAGUAUACAGUAUUGCUCAGAAGUCCAGUGUGCCCCACUGAAAUGCAAUCAAAGUCUUCAGAGGAAGACCAGUUACUAGAUUUUUCUUCCAAUAAGUCUAGGUUUCAGCCAAGUGAGACUCCAGACCAUCAAGAUCUGGAACCCAGGGAACUGGGUCCCUGUUCUUCUGCAUCAGAAGACAGUGUACGGCCAAAACCAGGCAGUUUACUCAGGUUAAACCAGAGGACUGUCAUGAAAUGUUCCAAUAUCAGACAUUCAUUCUGUAACCUGACAGAAGAGUUCACAGAUCCUUGCAAAACAUACAUAAUUUAUGUGGAGCAGGUCACAGAAAGUGGAGUUCAAGUUUCAUAUACAGAAUUCAAUCCAUAUUCCAACAUGUGCCUAGCACCAGUUCAGUUUACAGUUUCUGCUUGUCCAAACUGCAUAAAUGUGACUGUGAAAUUUUCAUCAGUACUUCAAGUUUACCAAGAACUUGACUAUGUAGUCACAUUGAUGGAAAAAGACUUGAAGCAAGAGUAUGCUCCUAAGAAAACCACUCAAGCAGUUUCCUACACAAUUAUUGAAAAUUUGCAUCCAGCUACAAAUUACUGCAUUACUGUCAAUGUGUCUUCAACUAUGACCAAGCAGUGUGAGCCAUCCGUCAUAAAAUGUAUUGUCAUUAACCCCACAAGUAAAACAGCAGCAGUUGCCAUCCCAACACUGGUUGGCGUAUUGAUAUUUUUAACGAUCGUCAUUGUGCUGGCCCUGAAACAAACUGGUGUUAUUUGCUUAAAAAGGAUAAAAUGGCCAAAAGCGUUGACAUUCAGAUUUAAACCACUUUAUUCCAUCUUUGAAUCAUGUCCUGAAGAAAUGCACAAGGCGCAAGUCAUCCAGAAAUGUAAAAAAGAUGUAUCAGGAUACAGUUCUGGUGAAGACAAUGAAAGUGACACUGAAAAUGAGAAUUUAUAUUUUAAACGUAGUUUCUUGGGCAAUAGUUCCAAACAUUGCUAUGAGACAGACAACACAAAGCAGCUGUCCAUAGACUGUUCAUCCACUGCAAGUGAAAUAGCUGAGCCUUUUGGUAGUGUGGCUGAAAAUCUUCAGAAUGAUAUUAAUAAAGAAGAAAGCCCAUUGGAGCAAGAAUUACACCCUUCUGCUGCAGAAACUGUCCUCAACAGGCCUGGGUCAGAAGAACACAGCAGCUCUUUAAAUAUAAACUUAAAUACUGUGAUGCUGCUAAUAUCUGACAAAAUGCAGAAUGUUUCUGCAGCACAAGUUCCAGAAACAGAAGAGGAGGCAGCAGACUUGAAAGAGCCACAUUUUCCUGACGAGUGUGAGACAAACCAUUCCACUGAUAUACCAGAUCUGUGGGACUCUGAGGUUCACAACCAGCCAUGUACAUGGCAAAACUCUAGUGGGUUUGAAGAAACUGAAUCAUCUGAUUCAGAACCGGACUGUGUUGGUGACUACAUGAGCAGAUGAAUCAAUUAUAAGGCAACUUACCACUUUAAAAUAUGCCAAUUUAUCCCUGUCUUAAAGGACCAAGUGGUAUAUAUUCUCUGAAACUAUCACUUUUAUUCAAGUGAAGUUGCAAUUUUUUACACUCUUCAUUUUAAGAUACCCCAAAAUCCAUGUAAUCUACUCAGGACUACUGAAUUUAUGAGUUGUACAUAACCUUGUUCAUAUGUGAGGUUAGAGCAAGGUAUUUAAUUCUAUGAAUCGUACAUAACCUUGUUAACAUGUAAGGGUCACCAUCUGCUAUACCAUGCUAGAUCUCAGAGGUAUGUUGAACUUUAUGUGAGUCAUGGUGGUUGUCACACUUGUCAGUGUUCUACUUUCCAUGUUUGCAUAUAGCAUGUAACUGGGCUAUUAAAAUACGUGUUACGCACAGACAUGUGUAACCAAGCACAGACA